UUCUCCAAUUAGACAAGAUCCUUUUGCUAGUUCCUUCAGCUAUCACUUCAACUCUCAAAUUAACUUGUUUGUUUCUUUCUCCGAAAACAUUGUAGAAGGGGUUGUCCUGAGGUUUAAUGGAGGAGGUGUUUGUUGUAAAUGGUGUGAGAAAGGAUGAGUUGCUUCCUGCAUUUAACGAUGACCAUGGAGGGGUCAUAGUGGAGUUGAAGGAGCCUAUGGACCCCAAUAACUUCCGUUCCAGGCUCAGAGCUUCGCUAUUUCAGUGGAAGCUUCAGGGGAAGAAGGGCGUUUGGAUCAAAAUUCCCAUUGGACUUGUAAAUCUUGUUGAAACUGCAGUUAAGCAGGAAGGAUUUUGGUAUCACCAUGCUGAGCCUGAUUACCUGAUGCUUGUCAAUUGGAUUCCUGUAAUUGAUAGUACUAUCCCAGCAAAUGCUACGCACCGCGUUAGUAUUGGGGCUAUUAUUGUAAAUGAUAAAAGGGAGUUGCUUGUUGUCCAGGAAAAGAAUGGAAAAUUGAAGGGGAAGGGGAUAUGGAAGAUUCCCACAGGAGUCAUUGAACAGGGUGAGGAUAUAUUUGCUGGUGCAAUAAGAGAAGUAAAAGAAGAAACAGGAGUUGACACAGAAUUUGUGGAAUUACUAGCAUUCAGGCAAAUGCACAAGGCACUCUUUGGCAAGUCAGACUUGUUGUUCUUGUGCAUGCUGCGCCCUUUAUCAUAUAAAAUCCAAAAGCAAGAUCUUGAAAUUGAGGCCGCCCAGUGGAUGCCGUUGGAAGAGUAUGCAGCUCAGCCUUUUACUCAGAAACACAGCCUCUACAAGUACAUUAACGACUUGUGUUUAGCAAAAUUAGAUGGAAGCUACGCCGGAUUUACUCCGCGGCCGAUCACAUCCAUCUUCGGUGAUUCAAUAAGCUAUUUGUAUGUGAACAAGCAGGAUCUGAACCGCAGGAUCUUUAGUCUUAACUGAAUCAAUGCCAAAAAUGUUAAGCAGGGGAGGAGAGCUGUGAAUAUUCUGCUGUAACUAUGAUUAUCUGUAAUAAUUUUUUUGAUUUUUGUACGACGACUCACCUCACUGUCUAUGAGGGAUGAUGAAUUAAUAAGGUAAUUAAAGUAUUUGAUUGAGUGCAUGAAUUGCUUGAGCAACUCAUUUAGAGCGUCCAACUUUUGGUACUCAAAUAUACUACAUUCCGUUGA